AUGGCAGGCACAUCGGUAUUAUCCCUUCCUCCUGAUCAGGAUCAUCAUUGUUUGGAUAUCCCUUUACAUUACAACCUUAAGACAGACCCUGCACCAUCUCUUCAACAACAGCAGCAGCAGCCGUCUUCGGUCUUGCCGACAUCCGAUACUACAACAACAACAAGCGUGGGUGGCCUUGACAUCAUUAAUGAACAUGACGAAGAUGAACAAGACCAUGACACUGUUAGACAGCAAUAUGAAAACAUGACCUAUGAUGAUCUAUCACGCCGCAUGAGUGAAAACUACAAGCAACUCUCAUCCAUCCUAGGCAAUAUUGGCUCCGGCAUAAAGGAACCACCGACACGGAACAACAGCGACGACGAUAACAGCCAAAUUCCCAACACAGCAACAACAACAACAGCAACCCCCGCCGCCGACCAAGCUAGGGAGGAUGACAACAACGAUCUUGAAGAUGAUGAUACCCUUAUCCAUAGAACUGAUUUGGAUGAUGCAACCAAGCGACGUAAAAUGACAAAGUUGUUUUGUCGUGCAGCCACUACUGGGGACGUGGAUAAGGUUACUCAGUGGCUAGAAGAGCCCUAUCGACCUUUUAUUGAUAUUGAUGCACGCGAUGAGGAUGGCACCACUCCAUUGAUCUAUGCUGCAUGUUUUGGUAAAACGACCAUUGCUCAAGCACUCUUGAAUGCAGGCGCAAAGACCGAUGUUCAGGAUUCUUAUGGAUGGUCAGCUCUCAUGUGGGCCACCAAUAAUAACCAAGAAGGCAUUGUAAAACUACUCUUGGAGAAUGGUGCCUCAUCCAACACCCGAUCAGCCAAAGGUCGUACGGUCUUUGAUUUCCUCAACACAGACAACCAAAAGAUUGUUGAAAUCCUCGCAACCAACCCACGCGAUAGCAUGUCUUCCACCUCAAGCAUUAUGGGCCGUAAAGCGGGUAGCUUAUCUUCAACUACAUCAUCCAAUGCUGAUGAUUGCGAUUUUUAUUUCCAAUCCACCCCUGAAGCCUAUGAUACAUUUAUGGCAGAAGAAGCGGAUCGUCGUCGCAAGUUGCUUGAGACAGCAAUGGCCUUGGCAGAUGGUCACAACGUGAAUGACUUGGAUCAUGAUUUCUCUGAACAUAUGGAUGAUGGGGCUUAUGAAGGCGAAGAUGACGAUAACGACGACGAUGAUGAUUUUGAAAACAAUGAAUUCCAAUGGGAUCGAUGCUUGCCUGAUCAAAUGUUUGUGUUUGGUGCCGACAGCUUGCAGUAUAUUCUUGAUACCGUGAUCACCAACAUUCAGCUCCCUGUACAAUCUCGUCAAGAGAUUUGUGUUCCUUCCAAUGUUAUCUUUCUCAGUGCUCGUUUUGCUCAUUACUUCUCAAGCGAUGAUUUGCUUCAAGAGGUGAUGAAUGGUGCUAUGGAACGUAUCAGCAAGACAAUCAAGGCCAAUGCUCGCAAUGUGCAUAUCUUAUCCUUCUGGAUCACCAAUGCUACACAACUUUUAUACUAUCUCAAGAAGGAUGCAGGUCUUGUCACUGCUACAGCUGAGCAUCAGCUGCGUAUCUCGGAGCUGAUUUCUGAAAUUUACGGCAUGAUUGUAUCGGAUACCGAACGUCGUCUUAUCAAGAUCCUUCCUCGUGCCAUGCUUCACUAUGAGCAAAUACCUGGCAUGGAAGAUGUUAAUUUUGCUGAUGAUUGGCAACGUUUCUUUAGAAGAAGUACACGACGAUCGGUGAUGAUUCCAACGGAUGGUGGGAUGGCUGUUCAAAUGAAAAGAAGCACCAGUACAGGCACUACUGCUACAGCUGCAGCUCUUUCAGCAACCAAAGAUGACAACGACACGUGCACGAUCAUUUCUCCGCAAUCGGUUACCAGCUUGUUGACAUCCACUCUUUAUGUCUUGCAAUCAUAUGAUGUGCAUCCUACCAUCAUCAUUCAAGCGCUUGCCCAAUUCUUCCAUUACAUGUCAUGUGAGCUUUUCAAUCGUAUUCUCACCAACAAAAAGUUAUUGUGUCGAUCCAAGGCUUUGCAAAUACGCAUGAAUUUAUCUCACGUGGAAGAUUGGAUCACCCAAGAGCAUUUACCUUCAAGCCUUGCAAGCUACCUUGAGCCUACCACCCACUUGUUACAAUUGCUACAAUGCUUGACUCAGCUGCCUGAUCUUGUCAGCUUUAUCCACACGGCCAAGAAAUUCGAUUCCAUCAAUGCACUCCAAAUCAAGCGCUGCGUUACCAAUUAUCGCUAUGAAGUCAAUGAACCACGUUUGCCAGAUGAAAUUGAAAAGUAUGCAUUACAAAUUGCUGAAGACACAAUGCGAUACAAGCAAGCCCGAUCACUCGAGAUGGUUAGACGAAGGAGGAGUUUAUCCAUGUCGCGUAGUCAAAGCCUUUCCAUGCAACGCUCUCGUUCACGACGCAAUAGCGUAUCGAGUUUUGUGGGAUCUCUCAUAUCCACUGUAGGCAUCACUACUUCAGCUUCCUUGCCACCCACAUCGCUACCCUCUUCACCUACUGAGGAAAAAGAACAAGAAGAACACAAGGAUAUGGUGGAUGAACCCGCUGAAGUGGAUGAAGAAGAUAAGGCAAUUGAAGAAACCAGAGAUACCAAGUUUAUGUUGCCAUUCUCUGUUCCCACCACAGCACAUAUGGUGAGCAUCAAUGGAUGGGCUCCUGAUAGUGCCAAAGGCGAAGAACGAUUGGUGACACCUAUCAUCCCAGAUGAAUGGAUGGAGAAAUUGGAUAAUGCUGCUGCUCCUUGUACUGCAGCUGAGAAGGAAGACAGCGAGUAG